AUGAGUGCUUUGGAAUUCUCAAAUAAAAUUUCCCAAAAUCCAAUUAUUUUACAAGAUUUAAAUUUUAAAAUUAGUCAAAUAAUUAUUGGAAAUGUUCAAUUAGAUUUACAUCCAAAAAAAGAAAAUUUGCCUUUUUGUCUAAAUAAUUUUGAUUUUGUUGGAGCAAAAUGUUCGGUUACUUUAAUUGAAAAAAUUGGGGAAAAUUUUAAAAUGAUUGUUGAUUGUGCUAGUCCUUUUGAGAAAGAACAACUUUUUGAAGCAUUAAAAUUAAAUGGAAUAAAUGAUCUGUCACAAAUUACUCAUUUAGUAAUUACCCAUUGGCAUAUAGAUCAUUGUGGUUUAAUUAAUUUAUUUAAAAAUGCAAAAUUAAUAACACCAGAAAAUAUUAAUUUAAAAGAUUUUAAUCAAAUAUUUGAAAUUCCAAAAAAUAUUAAUUUUAAUAAAUAUUCUGGUCAUUCUUGUGGCGAUUUAAUUGUUUGUAUUAAUUUAAAUAAAAAUAAUUUGAAUAUUUCCGGUUUAGUUGACAAAAAAUAUUUUUUAAAAGAAAAAGAAAAUUUUAAUAUUUUAAUUUGUGGAGAUAUUUUUGAAUUUGAAAAUGAUUGGUUAGGGGAAGAAAUUUGGAAAAGUUCUUCUUUACUACCAGAUAGACAGUCGAUAGCUAGAUGGCUUUGUUGGAAUAAAUCAGAUUUUAUUAUACCUGGGCAUGGGCCUGGAUUUUCAAUUUUAGAGAAAGAAUAUACUUCUCAGGGACCUGUUUUUGGAAAAAUAUUUGUUUGUUUUUAA